AUCCACCCAUCACAGUGUAGAUGAGCUCCAGAGAUGGACAUGGAUCAAACGCCUGUCAUGUGCUUGGUCUGAUGUGACCAGGCUCAGUCUUGGCACCAUGAAGCUCCUUCGCCCGGAAAAACCCAUGUUGUAGCCAUCAACCUGUGAUGGGGGGACUGGGCUGCAGAGCAUCAUGGCUCCGUAACUCAGUUUACUGUUGAGAGCAGGCCUUUAGCUCAGGAGAGGUCUGGGAACUGCAAAACCACAAAGACUGGACGCCCAUUUCUCUUCUAUGCAGACGUCCCACAUUUCGAAUCAGUGCCUGCGUAAUGCCCCAAUCGUAGUCUCGUCAUGUUUCCAUGAAAAGGAAGUUUCCACGCAGUAUUUUUGCUGACAUUCCGGUGCUGGAACCUGGAAAUUGCACAUUUUACCAACUGAUGUUUACUGCUAAGCACAUGCUUACAUGGUUACUGUAUAUCGAGCAAAGUUGAUGACGUUUUUGUACUUUUUUUUCCCUUAACAUAGUCUAGAUUUAGAAAUUGUAUGUUUUUGUCAGAAAUUCUGGUUCUUUGUUUUUAAAAUCAACAACAUGAACGGACUCGAGCACCGCACCACAGUAGACUUAAACCUCUUUCAGGAACAGAAGUGCUCACUCCUGCUCCUGUUAAAUCUAUGUGAAACAAAUGUAAGGAGAAAUGUGUCUCAUACAAUAAUGAUAAUGUAUCGGAAGCAACACAGGUCGUUGCACAGGUCAAAUGUAUUGGAGGAGGUUGAAAUGUUUAUUGAUUCAAUAAUUCUGGAUUUAAAAAAAAUAAAAUAUAAAACUCAAAACAUACAAUUGCUAAAUCUAGAUUAAGUAAAUGAACUAUUUUAAUAAGUAAAAACAUUUGCGCGAUUUAACCAUGUACGCAUGCGCAUACCAGUAAACGUCAGUCGGCAAAACACGCGCAAUUUCCGGUUCCAUUACAGGAAUUUCCGGCGGACCACAUCAGGUAGGCGGACCAGAUCAGGCAGUGACAACAACAACAACGAGUGUGACAGCGGCACUAUGGCUGCACAAGAGGAAUUCUUUCCGGGAAUCCAGCGGAUCCCAUACUCACCCAGCUCCGGACCUGGAAAUGUGCUGUGCUUUAAACACUACGACGCUCAAGAGGUUCUCAUGGGCAAGACGAUGGAGGACUGGCUGCGCUUCUCGGUCUGCUACUGGCACUCCUUCUGUGGAACCGGUGCUGACCCAUUUGGGUUUCCAACUCUACGCCGGCCCUGGAAUGAAGGGCCCCCGAUGGAAGCAGCCAAGAAGAGACUGAGAGCUGCUUUUGAGUUUUUCACCAAACUUGGUGUCAGAUACUACACCUUCCAUGACAGAGACAUGGCUCCAGAGGGUUCCACCCUGGAGGAGUCCAACCGGAAUCUGGAUGAAAUAACAGACGUGGCUCUUCAGCUGCAGGAGCAGACCGGAGUCAAGGUUCUGUGGGUCACCUGCAACCUGUUUGCUCAUCCCAGGUACAUGAACGGCGCAGCCACCAACCCGGACUCCCACGUCUUGGCAUACGCUGGCGCUCAGGUCAAGAAGGGGCUGGAGAUUGCCAAGAAACUGGGUGCAGAGAACUUUGUGUUCUGGGGGGGGCGAGAGGGUUUCCACUCCAUCUUGAACACCGAUUUUGCUGCUGAACUGAAGCACAUGGCCAGCUUCUUCAAGAUGGCCGUCAAAUACAAAGAAAAAAUCGGACUGAAGUGCCAGUUUCUGAUCGAGCCGAAGCCGAAGGAGCCGUGCAAGCACCAGUAUGACUACGAUGCCAUGAGUGUGAUCGGCUUCCUGAAGCAUCACGGUCUGGAGAGUCACUUCAAGCUGAACAUCGAGCCCAACCACACCACCCUGGCGGGACAUUCGUACGAGCAUGAUGUCAUCAUGGCUUCAGUGUUUGGCAUGCUGGGUUCUGUGGAUUCCAACACUGGCUCCCCUGACCUGGGCUGGGACACGGAUCAGUUCCCCAUGGACAUCAAGAACACUACCUUAGUCAUGAAGACCAUCGUUGAACAAGGUGGUCUGCAGCCUGGAGGCCUCAACUUUGACGCCAAAGUGCGCAGAGAGUCCACGGACCCGGAGGACCUGUUCAUCGCCCACAUCGCUGCCAUGGAUGCCUUUGCACGAGGACUCCGGAACGCUGUCCGCAUCAUCCAGGACGGGCUUCUCUCCAACAUGCUGAAGGAGCGCUACUCAAGCUUCAGUCACGGCCUGGGUCAAAGAGUGGACGAGGCUUCUGCUACUUUAGAGGAGAUGGAGGAGUUUAUCAAGCAGAAUGGAGAGCCAAAGGUGACGUCAGGAAAGCAAGAGAAAUACGAGUCCAUCUUUAACCACUACCUCUAGUCCACACCGUGUACUGAGCAGCAGUGUCACCGCGACUUAUAAAAUGAAGUGAAAAUAUAUACAAAAGAAGGAUUUCACAUUUGUUAGUCUGGGUGGUUUUGUGUGUCUGGUUCCUAAUGUCUUCUGACAACCAUCUCAUUCAUCUGUGGACUAAUUUUUCAAUCAUUUCAAUAUGUCUCUAAAGUAUUUUUUUAAUACUUAAGACAAUGCUUUCACCUUUAUACAUUUAUUCCUCAAUUCUUUGAUAUUUUUUUCCGUUGUAACAUGUCUAGCUUCUUGUAAUGUUUCAGUCUCAUAACUGUUUCAAGUUGAUGUGAAGUGAUGAGACAUUUUCUCAAUAAAUAAGUCACCAAUCAUGCUUUACCUCGCCAUAUAUUAUAUACUUUGAAUUUAAAAUAAUGGUGAUGUGCAAUACAUGUUAACAAACAAUGGUCUGGUUGUUGACCUUUUUAUGUUGAUAACCGCCAAACCUGAACCUUUUUUCUCACUAAAGCUUGACUU